CUUAAUAUAUAUAGGGAAUUUUUUGUUCAACUUUGUUUAGGAUUUAUCUUUCGAAUUGUAGUAGCCUCUCCCUCGCUGGUUCAUAUUUGUAUGGGUCCAUCCAUCUUCUCAAGCACACUGAGCAAAGAAGAAAUGAGCAUGGAGGAGGAGGACGAGGAGCAGAGAGCCAUAAUAGUGGGAGGCGGUACCUCCGGGCUGGCGGCCGCUGCCUGCCUCAACCUCCUCUCCAUCCCCAACCUCGUCCUCGAAAGAGAAGACUGCUUCGCUUCUCUGUGGAAGAAGAAAACAUACGACCGCCUCCACCUCCACCUGGCGAAGCAAGUCUGCCAGCUUCCCCACAUGACCUUUCCCUCGUCCUAUCCCAAAUACGUCCCCAGAGACCAAUUCCUCCACUACCUGGACUCCUACGUUUCCCAUUUUAACAUCAAUCCUCUCUGCAACACACUGGUCGAGUCCGCCGCCUACGACGAAGCUUCCGGCAGAUGGCGCGUGAAGGCCAAGAACACUUGCUCCGGCGACGUCGAGGAGUUCCGCGGGAGGUUCCUCGUUCUGGCCACGGGAGAGUCGAGCGACGCAUUUGUUCCGGAGGUGGAAGGGCUGAGUGGUUUUACCGGGGAGUGGAUUCACUCUACGCAGUACAAAUCCGGGAAGGAAUACAAAGGGAAGAGUGUUUUGGUUGUGGGGUCUGGAAAUUCUGGCAUGGAAAUUGCUUUUGGUCUGUGUAAUUGUGGUGCCAGAACUUCCAUUGUCGUCCGAAGCCCGAUCCAUAUUCUGUCGAAGGAGAUGAUGGAUUGGACGCCAUUUCUGCUGAAGCAUCUGUCGAUGGAGAAGGCGGAGUGGGUGAUUGUGAUGUUGAGCAAGCUGUGGUAUGGGGACUUGAGCAAGUACGGAAUUGGGAGGCCAGAGGAGGGUCCCUUCACCAUGAAAAGAAAAUACGGCAAGUACCCAAUUAUCGACGUCGGCACCCAUGCGAAGAUCAAGUCCGGCGAAAUUCAGGUUUUGCCAGCAGUAAGCAACGUAAGAGGCAAUGAGGUGGUGUUUGAGAACGGCAGCUCACAUCCCUUUGAUGUAAUUGUUUUUGCCACUGGCUUUAAGAGGUCGACAUGGAAGUGGCUUCAGGGAGGCGAUGGCUUUCUAGACAAUGAGGGAUUCGCGAACCCGAGUUCUCCAAACCACUGGAAGGGUAAAAAUGGUCUCUACUGCGUCGGACUGGCCAGGAGAGGGUUCUAUGGAGCUGCCAUUGAAGCUCAAAACGUGGCCGACGACAUCAAGAAACUUCUUUAAUUUCAAUAUGCACAUGUAUAAUAUAUAUAGACACACCGCACCCUGUCCAGGACUGGAGAUGAAUCUUCAUCUUACCUAAAUUUCAAAAUGCCACUAGCAUGGGCAACCCUGUAUUACUCCUGAUGUUGGAACAAAUUUGAAAUUUAGUGCCAAUUCAGAGUUGCAUCAAAA